CAUUGCUUAGGGUAAAAACAAAAGUAAACAUGCACGAGUCAUCACCCAGCUUCCUUUAAUUAGUUUUUCUGAUUUGGAGCUAUAAAAAAUAACAAUGGUGUUAUAACCAAUUUAGCCUGUCUAAUACAAAUAGUGGUUCCUAAAUGAGUAUUGGAACUGGGACAUUAAAUUGGAGUCAUUGAUGAGGCUGCACAUGGAAUAAUGUGUAUGGGUUUGGCACUCUGUGAUAGUUAAAAAGGUAGUUGAACUGGAAGGAGCGCAGAGAAGAUUUACAAAGAUGUUGCCAGGAGUCCUGGCGAGAGCACAGUCAGGCGACGUGUUUAUUCCUCCCAAGUAGCUGAACGAGGGGCGACCUUGCAGGAGUAUAAAAUCAGGAGCGGCAUGGAUAAGGUGGAUGGUAACCAUCUUGUCGCCAGGUUAAGGGAAGCCAAAACUAGCAAUAGGGUCCAGGGAUUAAGAACUGUAAGACUUCACAGAGAUGAGGGAAAACCUAUUCACAGAGAGGAUGGUCAGUAUAUAGAAUGAGUUGCCAGGUCAAGUGGUUGGGGUAGGUAGAAAAGUAUAAUUUAGGGUAGUACCUACAUUAGGGCGGCAAAUUCAUUGAUCAAGACAGCACAUUAGGGGUGUUACAUACGAUAGAUGGAACACGUACCUCGGGGUGGCGCAUGAGGGAAGUGGUACAAGGAGGGUCGGAGCUUUAAGGGAUGCGGGUAGCAGGCAGGAACGUGGGACUAGCUGGGCGAGCACACACAGGUGGGGCCGAAGAGCCUGCACCCGCACGGCUCUGGGACCCACGUUGGGGCCGUGUUGACAGCGCCGCGGUGGGCGGGGCGGCCGGCGGGUCACGUGGUGCCCAGCGAUCACGUGCUCCCCCUCUCCAGCCGCGGGGCUCGGCUCUCGGGACGAUGGCGGUGCCGUCCGGUUGGCCGCCGUUGGCCGUCUGCCUGUGGCUGUGCGGAGCGGCGGCAGCGCAGCAACCGGCCGCGCCGCCCCAGCUGCUCAGCAUGCGGCCGGAGCGCACGUCAGCCCGCAGGGUUUACCUGGAGGGCGGGCUGCUGAAGGUGGCUGAGGGCACCCGCUUCAAGCUGCGGCUGUACGGCAGCGGCCUGAGGCGCAGCGGGCUGUUGGGCGACCGAGGCCGGGGCCGCGGCCUGGCCUUCGUCGAGCUGGGCGGCAGCGGACGCCUUGGCGACCACCAGGGGCCGUGUCGGCGAGACAGCUCGGACAUCGACGUGGUCGACCUGACCGUGGGCGAGCGCACGGCCUCGGUGGAGCUGGAAGCCCGCUUCCUUCGGAAGGGCGACACCGUCAAGUAUUACACGCUGUGCGCCCGGCUCGGAGGCCCCGACGCCCGCGACUGGGUGCACUACCGGCGCCCGGACUUCCACCUGGUGGUGGUGGAGAAGGAGAAGACGGUCAGCUUCAAGUUCAAGAUCCUGAUCACCUUGCUGUUCGUCUGCCUCUCCACCCUCUUCAGCGUCCUCAACCUCAGCCUGAUGGCUCUGGACCCGGUGGAGCUGCAGAUCAUCAAGAACAGCGGUACCGAGGAGGAGAAGAAAUACUCGGAGCACAUCGAGUCAGUGCGCAAGCACGGAAAUUACCUGCUGUGCACGCUGUUGCUGGGGGACGUGCUGAUAAACUGCUCCCUGACAGUGUGGCUGUGCGAGAUCAUCCACACUACGUGGCUGACUAUUUUGGUUUGCACCGGCGUCAUAUUCUUCUUCGGCGAGAUCAUCCCUCACGCCGUCUGCUCCAGACAUGGCCUUGCCCUGGCCUCCAACACCAUCUGGGUGACUAAAUUCUUCAUGAUCAUCACCUUUCCGGCCUCGUACCCCAUCAGCAAACUGCUGGAUCUUAUACUGCACCAGCAGAUCAGUAACUUCUACACCCGGGAGAAGCUGAUAGAAAUGCUCAGGGUGACCGAUGCUUUCAACGACCUGCUAAAAGAGGAGCUCAACAUGAUCGAGGGAGCCCUUGAGCUCAGGAAGAAAACGGUAGAGGACGUGAUGACGCCGCUGAGCGACUGCUUCAUGCUGAGCUCCGAUGCUGUCUUAGAUUUUGCCACUAUGUCCGAAAUAAUGCAGAGUGGCUACACCAGGAUUCCCGUCUAUGAGAACGAGCGCUCGAACAUCGUUCAUAUACUUUUCGUGAAGGAUCUGGCGUUUGUGGAUCCGGACGACGCGAUGCCUUUAGAGAUCAUGACCAAGUUUUAUAACCAUCCCCUUCAUUGCGUGUUCAAUGACGCAAAACUGGACGAGAUCCUGGAAGAUUUUAAGAAAGGUAAAUCUCAUCUGGCAAUUGUACAGAAAGUCAACAAUGAGGGAGAUGGUGAUCCUUUCUAUGAAGUGCUGGGUAUCAUCACACUGGAAGAUGUCAUUGAAGAACUAAUAAAAUCGGAGAUCCUGGAUGAAACAGACUUGUACACUGACAAUAGGACAAAGAAAAUAGCGUACAGAGAGCAAAAGCGGCAUGACUUUUCCCUGUUCAAAGACUCCGAGGUGGAUCCAAGGACUAAGAUUUCCCCUCAGCUUUUAUUUGCAACUCACCGAUUUUUAGCAACAGAGGUGGAACCUUUCAAAAGUUCACAUGUAUCAGAAAAGGUUCUGCUAAAACUCCUCAAACAUCCCAAUGUCAUCCGCGAAUUAAAGUAUGACAAGAAAAACAAAUCAUCUGACCAGUAUCUCUAUCAGCGGAAUAAACCUGUUGACUACUUUAUACUUAUCCUGCAGGGAAAGGUGGAAGUUGAAAUAAGCAAAGAAGCCUUAAAAUUUGAAAAUGGAGCUUUCACAUAUUAUGGAGUCCCUACACUUACAACAGCAUUUCCCCCAGUCGUCAAAUCACCAGAUCACAAUGACUACAGAUUACAAAGGUCAGAAUCACUAAAUCCAGCAGAACGGAUUGAAUUCGGGGGCAGCACCUACCACCUAAAUCAGACUAUCCAUAAUUAUCUUCCAGACUACUCAGUACGACAAUUAACAGACCUCCAGUUUGUGAAGAUCACAAGGAUGCAGUAUGUAAAUGCAGUAGCAGCAACCCAAAUGGACUGCUCACCCCAGAGCCUUGAUGGCGAACUAGGGACAACGGACUUACUAAGUAAAGAGCCUAGCCCCGAAACCGUAGCAGCAACAACAAAUUCACCACAUGAGAUCAACCUUGUGAUUCGUGGCAAAUCAGAUGGAAUGAUGAGCCCAACUGGUCCAUUUUUCUUGGGAGCAGAACCAGUGAAUCGUUCUGGUAUAACUGGAUUGAAGACUGAACAAUCUGGUGAAAACAUCGGCAAAGUCGUUGAUCCUGAGGUCAACAGUCCCGAGAGGAAAGAAGGCACUUCACUUAGCAGCAGUUCAGAAGAGACACUUGGCAAAAGACUUCUGAGAAAACUAAGCCACGAACUUAUCAAUCACCCGAGCUGUGGACUCUUCCUGGAAGUCCAAGAUCCAUAUGCUGCACGACUGCUGGACUAAGUAGCAGAAAGAGGAGGCAAUCUAGAGACAGUGAGAAGAGCUCUGAAGAGAACUUGAAUGUAUCUUGGCCAAAAGUCUGAGUGCCAGCUCCGUCACUGUUGCAAGACCAGAGCAGAAGAGCCGUAUGAGUGCUG